AUGGGAAAACGGUUAUGCCAGGAGGCCUACUGCGAAGCACGGGCAUAUUACGGAAACCCCCAGGGCAGAGUGCUAGAGUUUUGCUCAGAGCAUUCCAAGCCAGGCAUGGUCAAUCUCAUCCGCAAGAGGUGCGGCCACCCAGGGUGCAUCAAAUUGCCGUCAUAUGGUACAGCCGGCAGCAAAACGCGGGAGUUCUGCUCAAGGCACUCGAAGCAGGGCAUGGUUGAUGUCGCCAGCAGGAGGUGCGGCCACCCAGGUUGCAUCAAGCAGCCAUCGUAUGGGACAGCUGGCAGCAAGAAGGCCGAGUUCUGCGUGAACCACUCCAAGCCAGGAAUGGUCGAUGUGGCCAGCAAGAGGUGCGGCCAUCCAGGGUGCAUCACGAGUCCGUCAUAUGGUACGGCCGGCAGCAAAACGCGUGAAUUCUGCUCAAGGCACUCGAAGCAGGGCAUGGUUGAUGUCGCCAGCAAGAGGUGCGGCCACCCAGGUUGCAUCAAGCAUCCGUCACACGGUGCAGCCGGUGGCAGAACGCGUGAAUUCUGCUCAACGCACGCGAAGCCAGGAAUGGUCCAUUUAUUCUAUGUCAAGAGGCAAGGUUAAGGUCCUCUUGCCAUGGACGGUCGGUCAUGCCGAUCUUCAAUGGCCGUUGGGAAUGCAGGAAUCACGAUUUGUAGCGGCGCAAGCGUCCCACACUGGUCUUUUCUUUUCGCUGUGAUUUUUCAUUACACCGUGUAGACAAUUGUGCAGGAGAUGCGUCCAGGUAGCGAAGCAACCCACACGCACGUGCACACAGCUUCGCCCGCCAUUUUCGUAUUCGUUGACUUGCGAACGAGAUACGGGGAACAGAGGGCAACUCAAGGUGCCCCACAUGCAAUAUGCGAAGCACUGCUGAGAUACCCUAGCACUGCGGUGAAACUUCCGCCGUGUCGAGAACUUGGUGACACCAGAACAUGUUAGCAUGAGGAUGACGCGCCGACAGAAAAGGAGGAUGCGUGACGGAAAUAAGGGGUGGGAUUCCUUGAGAGCAUGGUCUCCGGCUUCCCUAUCACGGGGGCCAUGGGUCAUGUGGUGGGUGGAUGACAAUACCAAAGUGUGUCGAAUCAGGGGUGUGAUACCUUUGAUCGCGGAAAUGUUGGUAUCGAACUUGCACGAUAGGUGGCUUUGUGAGGGUAUGGCAUGGUACUGCCGUUCACUACACAGUCUACAGCACCGUACCCCAACACGUUCCACACUGCCUACCCACGUCUCUUUAUCGGUUCCCA